GGUCUCCAAACAAAUGCACACAAGAUCUUUCUGUUAUGACACAUUUGUCAUGCAAAGUGCAGGUGAAUCUAUGCAGUCCACAUGCAAAGCAGGAUGCGAAGCCGACUGGUCACAAACGGCUGUCUAUGCUGUGAUGUCAUCUGCCGGAAGAUGCAGGUUUAGUGCGCUGACUGUAUUCCAGUGAAAGGCGUUUGACAGCUUGUCGUAAUAAAGGAAAUGGGAGCGAAGCGAUAGCAUUACUCAUCUCCAUGGAGCGCCAUAUAAUGCGCCAUCCCACAAAUAACACGUUUUAGAGAAAAUGGUUCCCAGUUCAACGACUGGUUGAUAACAGACAGCCUGUUUUUUCCCCCAUUACAAUCAUAAUAUUGAGAGCAUCGACCUUGCUGGUGUGGCCAUGAAUCCGGCGGAACAAACGGUUACUUGGCUCAUUACGCUCGGGGUUUUGGAAUCACCAAAAAAGACCAUUUCGGACCCCGAUGGAUUUCUGCAGUCUUCGCUAAAGGAUGGGGUUGUCCUGUGCAGGCUGCUGGAGCGGCUGCGUCCAGGCACUACUGAUAAAAUCUUUCAAGAUCCCAAGAACGACAGCGAGUGCUUGAGCAACAUCACAGAGUUUCUGAAGGGCUGCGCGGUGUUUCGCGUCGAGCCAUUUGAAGCUGGUGACCUGUUUCAGGGCCACAACUUCAGCAGAGUCCUCACUACACUGGUUGCCCUCAAUAAAGUGACUGCAGAUAUUGGCAUAGGCAGCGACUCUGUAUGUACGCGUCACUCUUCCGCCCACCGGAUCAAAUCCUUCGAAUCGCUGGCCUCCCAGUCCUCACUGGGACGAUCUUCUAAGUUGCUCCAUAACCAGUUCCGCAGCCUUGUGAGUAACUUUGGGGACAUGACGGAGAACAGUAACGCUCAGUUAGUGGUUAAAGCUCGCUUCAAUUUCCAGCAGACCAAUGAGGAUGAGCUUUCCUUCAGCAAGGGUGACAUCAUCAAUGUUACUCGCACAGAAGAAGGGGGCUGGUGGGAAGGAUCCCUCAAUGGCAAGACAGGCUGGUUUCCAAGCAAUUAUGUCAGGGAGGUCAAAGGGUCAGACAAACCAGUAUCCCCUAAAUCUGGAACUCUUAAAAGCCCCCCCAAAGGUUUUGAUACCACAGCCAUCAGUAAAACCUACUACAACCUGGUGCUACAGAACAUUUUAGAAACUGAAACAGAGUAUUCAAAGGAGCUCCAGAACCUUUUGACCAACUACCUGAGACCUCUACAGAUGACAGAAAAACCGAGCACCUCAGAUGUAAAUGUCAUUCUCGGAAACCUGGAGGAAAUCAGCACUUUCCAGCAGACUCUGGUCCAGUCACUGGAGGACUGCACCAAGCUUCCAGAGCUGCAGCAGAAGGUGGGAGGGUUCUUCCUGAAUCUCAUGCCCCAGAUGAGGUCUCUUUAUGUGUCUUACUGCUCCAAUCACCCGUCGGCAGUCAGUAUUCUCACUGAUCACAGCGAGGAACUUGGAGAGUUCAUGGAGGGAAGGGGUGCGUCCAUACCAGGUAUUCUCACACUGACCUCUGGCCUCAGUAAACCCUUCAUGAGACUGGACAAAUACCCCACAUUACUGAAGGAGCUGGAGAGGCACAUGGAGGAGGGUCAUCCAGACAGGACAGAAAUUCAGAAAUGUAUGACAGCUUUCAAGAAUCUCUCUGCACAGUGUCAGGAGGUGCGGAAGCGCAAAGAGCUUGAACUUCAGAUCCUGACUGAGGCAAUUCGUCUCUGGGAGGGGGAGGACAUCAAGACCCUGGGUUCAGUGCUGUAUAUGAGCCAGGCCAUGGUCCAGAACCAUGGCUGUGAGGAGAAGCAUGAGCGUUACCUUCUGCUUUUUCCUCAUGUUUUGCUCAUUCUGUCUGCCAGUCCAAGGAUGAGUGGUUUCAUCUACCAGGGCAAGCUACCUUUGAGUGGAAUGACGGUGACCCCAUUAGAAGACUGUGAAAGUCAUAAAAAUGCUUUUGAGCUCUCGGGAAGCAUGUUUGAGAGGCUUCAGGUGAUCUGCUAUAACAAACAGGAUCUGCAGGACUGGCUCGAGCAUCUGAACCGACAGACCAAGCACACCACCAUGGCGGGUCCCAGCAUGAAACCCCUCGCUGUUCCCUGCCACACACUCCCAUCUCACCCUCUGACGCCAUCCAGACAUGCAGAAAGCCGGGGCCUGACAGUUGCUCCUGCCUACCACACCCUACCACACCCCUCCUCUCAUGGGGCCCCACACAGCACCAUGAUGUGGGGCCCCCUGGAGCCCCCCAAAACCCAGAAGCCCUGGAGCCUGAGCUGCUUGCGUCCAGCACCCCCACUCAGACCCUCAGCUGCUCUCUGCUAUAAAGAGGACCUCAGUAAAAGCCCCAAGACAAUGAAAAAGCUGCUGCCCAAGAGAAAGCCAGAGAGGAAGCCGUCCGAUGAGGAGUUUGCACUGAGGAAGAGUACUGUAGCUCUGGAGGAAGACGCUCAGAUUCUGAAAGUGAUCGAGGCCUACUGCACAAGUGCCAAAACCAGGCAGACUCUGAACUCAACAUGGCAAGGCACUGAUCUCAUGCAUAACCACGUUUUGGAUCAAUCCAGUGUGGACUCUCUGGGCCGCCGUAGCAGUAUCUCAAGGCCCGAGGCCACCUCGGACCUCUCAGAGGACUCUGACUAUGACAGUAUAUGGACGGCCCACAGUUACAGGAUGGGCUCUGUUUCCCGACAGUGGAAAGAUGCCAGUCCAGCACUGAUAGUUCCUGGGGAGGAGAAGUUCAGUGUAGACGAGUUGAAGAGUAAUGGUCAGACUCUUCUGGAGGAGAAGAGCCUUGUGGAUGUUGUUUAUGCUCUGAAAGAUGAGGUACAAGAACUUAAACAGGACUAUAAAAAAAUGAAGAAAUCCUUGGAGGAAGAACAGAGAGCCCGGAAAGAUCUGGAGAGGAUAGUUAGAAAAAUGUUAAAGAAUAUGAACGAUCUUUCUUGGGAUGAGACCAAUUUAUGAUAUCAGUGUUGCCCUCUUACUAUGGAGUGACGUGGUGGAAAAAAAUAUGAGAUGGGAGGAAAAAAUGUCAAAAUUUUGCGUUUGCUUGCAAAACAUUUGCGUUCCCCUGAGAAACCUUGCGUUCUCUCGCAAAACUUUUGCUUUCCUCUGAGAAACUUUGCAUGUUUUGCAAGCGAACGUAAAGUUUCUCGAGGGGACACAAAUAUUUUGUGAGCAUACGCAUAUUUUCUCAGGGGAACGCAAAUGUUUUUGCGAGAGAAUGCGAAAGUAUUGACAUUUAAUUUUUGUUUUCAUUUAAUAUUUUUUGUAUCACCAUGUCCCUUUAGGGGCACCAUACUAGUUUUGUUGUUACACUAGUGGUUAAAAUGACCUGGAAGUUCAACCAGAUCAUUGACAUUUCAGAUGUUUUCUUAGCUUGAAAGCACCAUGGACAUCCAGGGAGUUUGUAGUAACAUAAUGUUACAUUUUUUUAUCUAAAAUGGCUCAUUCCAAUGUUUAAAAUCUAAAAGACUUUAGGUCUUUUAGUGCAUCUACACCUAGCAGAUUUUUUUAUUUAGUUUGAAAACCACAAAUUUUAUAGCUGAACAAUCAUGAUGAGACUUGUUUGCUUGAAGUCGUAGCCAAAUCAGGUGCAUCUUCAGCAUCUCUUCGGAUGGCAUGAAUGUUACAUGUGGAUGUCCCUGACAAGUUCAUCUUUUACCUAAUGUUAAGGUUGUUUAGACAGACAGUACCUCAGUCUUCACAUCCCACUGAUGUCUGAGGUUGUGAGUGUCCUGUUUUUUUAAAAAUUACUUUUGUCAUUACAAAGAGAUCAUCAGAUUUUAGAGUUAGGGUUUUAGAGUAACUUUUAUUCAGAUGCACUCUGAUUUAAAAUGCUGAAUCUGUGAAUAUUUCCAUGAUGUGGUACCAUGAACGUUUUCAUUCCAUUUAAUUAUCGUUUACAAAUGAUUUAGAUGUUUAUACUUAAACAUUGAUUCAACACUGGGUGCGUACAGACAAAAAGGUAUGCUGUUACAUGAGGAACAUGAAGCUUAUGUCAGUAAAUGUCUAGUACAUGUUUUAGGUGCCAUUGUAACUCAAGCUGUGACGGGACUUCAUUAUUAUAAUAGCUUCUUUAUCACAAUAUGAUACACAUCAUACCUUCAUGCAAGUUAUGACUAUUAAUUUCAGUGUCACUUACUUAGUGUGACCAAAGCAAAAGCCAGACUCUUAUUUAUGGACUUCAAUAUAUGUGACUAAUUGCUGUACUUGACAUUUAUUCAUAUAGCUCUUACACAACACUAUAGUAGAAUAACCUCAUUUGAAUUCAUAGGAUAUUUAUUUAGUGUUCUUUAUCUCAGAUCCAUGUUACUGUAAAUUAAUUCUGUAAAUAAAGAAAUUUGUUUAUA